AUAGCAAAUGAAGAAGAAUUUGGACAGGUUUGACGUGCUGUUUUCAUUUUCGGCAAAUAGUUGAGUUUUAAAAUAUAUAGGGCUUGAAAGGAGAUACAAAUAUGCAUAGUGUACACAACGCUUCUGUUGCUGCGCAAAAGCGACGCUUAUCGGAAAGCGAAUGUAAGCAAGCGGACGUGCCCCAGCCCGUGCAGGAGACGCUGGAAUCGAAACAAUGCAAAACAGAUUAUCAGCAGGAGCUGGAGCAGGAGCAGGUUGUUGUUGUGCAAAAGAGACGCUUCUCGCAAAGCGAAUUGAAGCCGGCGGACCUGGCCCAGCCCGUGCAGGAGCAGCCAGAGCCGAAACAACGCAAAACAGAGCAUCAGCAGGUGCUGAAGUCGCAUGACCACAAUCUGCUUAGCUUCUGCAAUGAGUUGCUAUUCGAGAUAUUUAAGUAUCUGGACUCUUCAUCCAUAAUGGCGAUGAUGCUUGUUUCACCCCGUUUUGAAAGUUUGCUCCUGGACCAUCGUUUCUGGCAUAAUAUCGAUACGAGCAAGGCGCCGCUGCCGUUUGGCAUAUUGGAGGAGAUACUCGGACGUGCCACAGAAAAGACGCACACAAUCAAAAUAUGCGGUCCACCUUCCUCUCAGCAUGUUUCCGGCGAGUUCAAGCAAUUUACAUGCACCCUCACAUCUAUAUUUCCGAAGGUGUCCACACAAUUGCGAGUUUUGGAGCUACAGGGUGUUAGCUUGGAUUUCGAAUAUAUACACAUAUCGGAAUUCCCAGCAUCAUUAAAGCGCUUAACUCUAAAGGAUUGUAGUGUUAAAGUUGGAGAUCAUGUCAAGAGUAUAUUUCACACGAUAGAGAAGCAAUUGAUUAACCUGGAGGAUUUGAGCAUUGAAGAUAACAGUUGGUUUGAACCCUACUACAUUAUGGCACUCUCGAAAUUGCCCUCCUUGCGUCGGCUAAGUCUAAAGGGCUGUCAGAGUUUGUGCAAAUUUGUACCUUAUGGAAGCAUGGCUGCCCGAUUUGGGUUUCAAAAACUAGAGGUGCUUGACCUGCGUUUAACUCCUAUCAACAAUGCAGAUCUUCAGUGCUUCAGUGCUAUUGAAACUCUUAGGGAACUACUACUGGAAUCUCCACCCAAUCUACCACAGGAGGCGACAUUGCCAGCGAAGACUUUUAAUGGUACUGGCAAUGAGGAACCUAAUCCCACCCAGCCAGAUCAUCAUAAAAUACUUAGUGAUGACGAGCCUUCAACAUCGCGAGCCGCCAUGGAACAUUUGCGCGCCUGUAAAAUUGCGCAGGGUAAUGAAACCACAACAGAUUCUCAAAAGCCACAAAGCGAUACAUUUACUUCGGACAAUUGCAAUGAGAGAAAGGAUGGCAAUGAUAUGAAGCGUUCAUCCUCAUCAGCAAGACUGCUGAUGAGACGCGGUUCAUCAGAGUCCGACGAUGAGGAUACAUCGUCGACAUCAGCGUCUUCCUCCGACAAAUCUGAUAAUCCUUCAUCACAUAGCAAUGGGAUAAGCACUGCUGCCGGUGCAUCAGUUCAGUCUCAGCUUGUUCUUAUAGCACUACCAAGUGUUGCUCGUGAUCGAUCGCCACCGCCAGCACAGAACGCCGAGAACGCUGAGAAUCCUGAGCCCGCUGCAGCAGCUGGAGCAGCCACUCCUCGCGCCUACAUUUAUGUACAGAAUGGUGCACCUCCCGAAAGUCCACGACCACGUGCAAUGGCUUCCAUUUUGGAACAAGUGGCGGAUCCGCUAAUCACAUUACACGGAAAUUGUCCGGCUUACAGUCGGUUUCUUCCACGUCGUGAUCAGGUGAUCUACAUGAAUCCACAGGCCAUGGCAGAGCCAAUGCUCGUCAUGCAUCCACGUCGCCACCGAGCACAGGCUCGAGGCAACUUCGAGCAGGUUGUUCAACAUCCAAUGUUUUGGAACAUGCUGGACCCCCUUGACAGGGAAUAUGCCCGUCGUCGCAGCAGUCGUCCACACUCGAGUUCACUGCCGACGCAUUACUUCGUUUCAGAUCGAGCUAUCUACAGUUUCGGUCGGCCUACUAAUCCUGUUCAGGCCGACGUCGUUUGGAUACGCAACUCACCUCGGUGCGCCAACAAUCGGCUUGAACGCAUCUCGCUACGAAACUAUCCAUACAUCACAAACUAUACGCUGGAGCAUUUGGUUCAGUGUUCACCGAAUCUAAGAUACAUUGAUGUGAGUGGAACGAGCAUCACGAUGUUGGGCUUACGUAUCUUUAUUAAGUUGAAGCCACACUGUGAAGUGAUUGCCACGCAUUUAACAACGAGUGAGCAGCAGCCAGAGACUGAAGAACUUGUUAAAUCCGAGCAAGAAACGGAACAAGAUCCAAGCGAGAAUUGCAGCAUUGACAAUGAUGAGAAGCAGCAUCAGCAGCAGCAGCAACAACCACAACAACAACAACAACAACAACAACAGCCACCUUCUCAGUCUUCUCAGCAACCUGACGAGCAGUAGAAUUUUUACCCCAUGCACGGUACCCUUCCUGAAAUUCUUUAAAUAUCCCUCGCUUGAUUAACCAUUCUAUUUUACAAUGGCGUAGACAAGUUAACGAGCCCGUCAUAUUGGAGCUGUGUUGGCCCCUUUCUGUCUACAUGUCAAGGCUUGUAGCACAGAGUUAUUUAGUAUUAUGUUUGGAACAAUGUACUAUAUGUCUGCUUAAUGGAAUGUAUAAAACUACUUGUUAAGCAUUAAACGAUAAACCUUUUUUGGAAUUGAAAA